AUGGCUACCAAGUACGAAGCUGUUCACCAGAACCUCAACGGCCCCGGAGAUGCUCGGCCCACAGCACUUCAGAUCAUUGAAGAUGAAGGGCUCAAUGAAAAAUGGACCGGUAGGUCUGCUCUGAUCACGGGCUGCUCCUCUGGAAUUGGUAUCGAGACAGCCAAAGCACUUUACCAAACCGGCGCUACCAUCUACGCUACCGCAAGGGACCUGAACAAAGCUAGGUCUGCCCUUGGAUCUAUUCUCGAUAGUGACCGUGUCCACCUGCUCGAACUUGAUCUCGAGUCCUUGACCAGCGUCCGCAAAUGCGCGGAGGCAUUCCUCGCUAUCUCUGAUCGACUCGACAUCCUCAUAAACAAUGCAGGUGUUAUGGCUACUCCCGAAGGGCGCACUGCCGACGGAUUCGAAACCCAAUUCGGUACCAACCAUCUCGCCCACUUUCUGUUGAUCCAACUCCUCCUGCCGGUUCUCCAGAAAUCAACAACGCCAGAACUCCAAUCCCGCGUUAUCAUUCUCUCUUCUGUGGCUCACCGUGAUGGCGAGGUUAACUUUCAGAAUCUCAACUUCGAGGGCGAGUAUGAUUCGUGGAAGGCUUAUGCACAAAGCAAGACGGCAAACCUUUGGACCUCGAAUGAGAUUGAACGUCGUUUCGGCCCGAAAGGUGUGCACUCGUUGAGUGUGCAUCCUGGCGCUGUCAUGACUGGACUCAUGGUGCACUUCUCAGCUGACCAAGUCCAAUCCUUGGGAGCUGAUCGUCACUUAGCGAAGAUGUUCAAGAGUCCCGCCCAGGGCGCCGCUACUACGGUAUGGGCAGCCACCGCGAAGACAUUUGAAGGCCGAGGAGGCAGGUACCUCGAAGAUUGUCAGAUCGCGAUGCCCCCGAAACCAGAUGCUGCGCAAUUCGACCCAGGGUAUGCAGCCUGGGCGUAUGAUGAGAAAAAAGCGAUACUGCUGUGGGAUAGAUCUUUGGAGCUCGUGAAACCAUUCCUAUCUUGA